AUCCACUUUUGUGUCCCUCUCAGAUAACAUAACGGAGUUCAACAAUUGUUUUCCCCCAGAAAUGUAAGAUUUUAUUGCAUCCAGUUUAAUUAAAAUAAUACAAGAACAUGGCUGGUGUACAACACUAUUUGCAUCCAAUUACCUACGAAGCCAAUAUUUUUGCCAAAACUCUUGAAGAAUUGGGAAAAAAUUAUUCGGUCUUAGACCCGGAAUUAAUUGAAUCCCUGGAAAAUGUCAUGCAAAUAAUCGAUAGUUUUCUGGACAAGGCCAAAACGGAAAUUGUUCCCACACAACAUACGAAAUUGAUAAAAGCCGAUGCGUUUAAACACAUAUGCCGCACUUAUCGCUGUACACUGUGCCGGAAAGACUUGGGCAAAACAGGCAACUGUGUGCCUCUUCAUUUGACACAAGAUUGUAAAUUUACAGUGGGUAUUGCAAAAAACCCCAUCGCAACCGAAGAAGAACGUAGACGAAAGCGCAAAGAGAAAAAAAAUUCACGCCUGCAACAAGCUGUGGUGCUAAGAAAGAAAGCCAAAUGUUUUUUAUCCUCAACAUUACAUGCCGCGCUUACUAUGCUAGGCGAAGCUGCCAUAGUUGGAGAUAAAUUAAAAUGCUUGCCGGCUUACAAUGACAUUGAAAAUGAUCUAUUGGGUUUGAUUAAACCCCUUUUUCCCAAUCAAUCGAUAAAAGUUUAUAAAUUUGGCUCACGCAUAUGUGGCGUUGGUUCGCGUGAUUCUGAUUUGGAUCUUUUCGUGGAUAUUGGUGAUACUUUUAAGAUUUAUGAAAAUCGUGCCUCAAAAGAAACGUUAGCCAAAAUGCAAGUGGUACAAAAAGCUUUAAAGAAUCAUCCAAAAACCUGGAAAUGUCUAGUGGCGGUCGAUAAGGCAAGAGUGCCAAUUUUGAAAAUAAUUCAUGCCCCCACCAGCAUAGAAUGUGAUAUAAAUUUUUCGAAUAGUUUGGGUUAUGUGAACACCUUGCUGCUCGAAUAUAUAUUUUCGUUGCAACCUGUGGCCCGCCUUAUGUGUAUAUACAUAAAGAAGUGGAAACAUCACAUAGGCUUUGAUAAAGAAAUCAGUACCUAUAGCAUGAAUUUAAUGGUCAUUUUCUAUUUGCAAACUCUUGAUAUUUUGCCCCCGUUUGAGAAACUUUUCCGGAAUGUGGAUGUGGAAAAUUCACUGCAAGUGGGACCUUGGCUGGGCAGCUAUCAACAAUUAACCCUCAAUGAUUUGAAUAUAAAAUUGGUGGAUUUCAACAAAGCUAGAACCUACGUCGAAGAAUUCUUCGUAUAUUUCUCUGCAUUUGAAUAUGAAAAUAUGGUUGUUUGUCCCUAUUUUGGGGUUGGUAUUAAAAAAGAGAAAUUUGAUAUGUUAAUGCCAAACAGAUACACGUCUUACAUCAAAGACAAUCCUGACUUUGGUGUUGAGUUUAAAAAACCCAUGAUUGUUCAAGAUCCAUUUCAACUCAAUCGCAAUGUUACCAACGGAGUAACUGAAUUCCAUUUGAAAGUCAUCAAGGAGUUUAUGGCCAAGUCUGCAGAUAUAAUUGCACAAACUCGAAACUAGAUGUCUAAUUUCUUAUUUAAGUUCAAUUUUUAUCAACUCAUAUCUGACUAAAGUCCACUUGGUCAGUAAAAAAAUGAAGUUUCAUUUAAUUUGACAGCGAAUAUGUCAUACGUGAAGAUAUAUUCCAUUUUCAUUGUCACGUUUUUUUUUUAAACUUUUUUCAUAUGUUAGUAUUCAAAACUUUGUUAUGCUCUAAAGCAAUUUUAAAAUCAAUACAGAAGAUUGCUGUAAAUAAAGAAAUAUUUUUUUACGUGCA